UAUUUUCCGUCCAUUUAAACCGUUUGCUACAAAGUAAAUUUUCCUUUUUUUUUGAAAAAAAAAAACCUUUGUUAACUUAUUUAACUACAAACUUAAAGAGCUAAAUACAUCUUUUGCCAAAAGGCCUUUUUAACCAGGAAGAGGAAGAAGAAGAAGAAAAUAAAUCAAACAAAUAUUAAUUACUGCCGUUUCAUAUAUUUUCUUUAUGCAAUGCAGAGAAACUCUCGGUCUUCGGUUCAUGCAGAAGCUAAAGCCAGAGCGCUGCUGGUUCCCCCGACGACCUCACCCCUCGUGUCGUUUCUUAUGGGCUCAACCAGAAAUACAAACGCAACCUCAGGAGAUCUUCUCACCACAACCAUUGGAAGCAGACACAUGUGUUUCGCUCAUCAAGCAAUGCAGCUCUCGCCGUUCAGUCAAAAUGGUCCAUGCUUCCAUGCUCCGAUCCCACCUUCAUCUCAAUCUCUACUUCUUAACCAAUCUUGUAUCCCAGUACUCUUCCCUCGGCUCCAUCUCUUACGCCUACUCCCUAUUUUCUUCCUCCCACUCCUCUGACCCCUUCAUCUGGAAUGUCAUGAUCCGUGGCUUCGUCGAUCAUGCCCAAUACCAUCGUUCUAUCCUUUUAUACAGUCAAAUGCUAGAACUGGGUAUUCGACCCAACAAUUAUACCUUUCCAUUCGUUAUCAAGGCUUGUGGGUUUCUUCGCGAUUUUAAAUUUGGUAUUCAGGUUCAUGAUGACGUUGUAGAAUUUGGGUAUGAUUCCGAUGUUUUUGUUUGCAAUUCCCUCAUAGUCAUGUAUGGUAAAUGCGAAAGUUAUGAACUUUCUCGACAAGUGUUUGAUAGAAUGCCCGAAAGAACUGUCACUAGCUGGAGUACAAUUAUAAGGGCUUGCUCGCUCAAUGGCCGUUGUGAAGAAGGGCUGUCAUUGUUUUGGCGGAUGUUGCGUGAGGACAUUAAACCCGAGAGGGCUACCAUUUUGAACGUCAUGGCUUGUGCUCAUAGAGAGAGUGAUGCUGAUGAUAUUUGCAGAGUUGCCGUACUUAAUGGAUUUGAUUUCGAUCAGUGUGUCCACAAUGCAGCCUUGGGCAUGUAUGCACGAUGUGGAAGGAUAGAUUUGGCUCGAAGUAUAUUUGAUGGGAUUUCCAAUAAGGAUUUAGUAACUUGGGCGUCCAUGAUCGACGCAUAUGCACAAGCUGAUUUGCCUCUUGAAGCUAUCGGUCUUUUUAAACAGAUGAACUCACAAAGGUUACUCCCUGAUUCCAUCACCCUUCUUAGCGUGAUUCAAGCUUGUUCUGUUCUAGCAUCUUUCCAGCAUGCACAUGCAGUUCAUGGAAUCACUAUUCUAACUGGGGGAUUCUUCAAUAAUCAACUAGCAGUGGAAUCUGCCGUGAUCGAUCUAUAUGUGAAAUGUGGAAGCUUAACUUAUGCUAGAAAAGUUUUUGAUAGGAUGCAAAAUAGAAAUAUAAUCACAUGGAGCACCAUGAUUUCAGGAUAUGGGAUGCAUGGCCUUGGAAGAGAAGCAUACAACCUCUUCAAUCAAAUGAAAUCUUCAGUAAAGCCAGAUCAUAUAGCAUUUGUAUCAAUAUUGUCAGCUUGCAGCCAUGCAGGUUUGGUUGCUGAAGGAUGGGAGUGCUUCAAUUCCAUGGUCAGAGAUUUUGGGGUCACACCAAGAACCGAACACUAUGCAUGUAUGGUUGAUCUUUUAGGCAGAGCUGGCAAGUUGGAUGAAGCUCGUGGUUUUAUUGAGAGAAUGCCGAUAAGGCCAGAUGCAGGUGUGUGGGGGACACUGCUUGGGGCUUGUAGAAUACAUUCAAAUAUUGACCUGGCUGAGAUGGUAGCCAAAAAGUUACUUGAUUUGGAUUCUAAGAACCCUGGGAGAUAUAUUCUUUUAUCCAACAUUUAUGCAUCAUCUGGUAAAACAAAAGAAGCUCAUAAGAUCAGAACUCUAAUGACGAAUAGAGGGGUGAGAAAAAUUUCUGGCCACACAAUUAUAGAGAUUAAAAAUAAGGUCUAUACAUUUUCAGCUGGGGAUAUGUCACACCCACAAACAGAUCUGAUUUAUUCUGAAUUAGAGAGAGUGAUGGACAUGAUUCGCCUAGAAGGGUACACUCCAGAUAUAAACUUUGUGUUGCAUGAUGUUGAGGAAGAGACGAAGGAAAGAAUGUUGUAUGUGCACAGUGAGAAGUUGGCCAUUGUUUUUGGGCUCUUGAAUUCAGGGUCACAGAGCGUGAUUAGAAUUAGAAAAAAUCUCAGAAUUUGUGGCGAUUGCCAUACUGCUACUAAGUUAAUCUCCAAAGUUACAAGAAGGGAAAUUGUAGCGAGAGAUGCGCGUAGAUUCCACCAUUUCAAGGAUGGAACCUGCUCUUGUGGAGAUUACUGGUGAAAGAUGUCUUUAGUCUAGUGAAUCAUCAGAUAUGGCCAACUUAGAACCCAAGUAAGAAUGGUCUUCUUUUUUUAUUAUUAUUUUUUUGCGAGUAAAGAAUGGAUGGUCUUUUGAGAUAAGGAAGCCUCUUGAUAGUUUCUUCUAGAAGUUACAUUGGCUUUUUGAACGUUAGCUGGUUGGUAUUUGUCCAUGGCUCCAUGGUGAAGGUGUGAUGCACGGGAUUGUUGACCACAUGUUACCUUACCAAGAUAUGUUCCGUGUGGGGCCAAUUCAAAGAAUUUGUUUUUUAUUCUGCCACGCGUCCAAACUCCAAAGAUGCAAACUUGGGAUCUGCAGGGGAUAUCAUCAAAAUAAAUUGCGUACUGCCCAAAGCGUAUGGCUGGAUUUUCAUCACAAUUUGAAAGCUUCCACCAGUGGUGCUUGCUGCAUAUGGUAUAUUAAGGUCAAGAAUUCACAGGUGGACUGAUUGUUUUCUUAGCUGCGUCAAUUUUCUUAUAUAUAGGCCGAAAGAAUUUGAGGAGUGGGUUGUCGGAAUCCUUGUCAACCUUAGAAUCGAUGGAUUCAAAAUCUUUGGAACUCAAGGUCAUGUAUUGCAAAGAUCUGAAGUCAUUCAAUUUCUUCCAGAAACUCCUAGUGUAUGCUCUUGUUAAGCUUGAGAGCGAUGAUUCUGACAAGAAAAUGAAGCAGAA